AUGAACCCGCGCAUGGGCUCGACCGCGCUGCCGAUGUUUGCGAACCACUUCCCGGAGCGGCUGGCAGAGAUCGUGCUCCUCGACCCGCCGCGACUCUUCCACGCCCUCUACCGCACCCUCGAGCCUCUCAUCGACCCGGUGACCAAGCGGAAGAUCUGCGUCGUGCGCGGCGAGGCGGCGCGGCAGAGGCACUCGGCGCUGCGGUGGCAGUCCGACCCGCCCAUGGCUGCGUGGCUCGAGGCGGUGGCGAGCCAGUGCCGCGGCCAGCCCGGUGCCUUCCCCCCGGCGAGCCUCAGCGACGCGCUGUCCGACAGGAGCACGCGAGAGGUGCUCGCGGCCGUGCGGAAGGCGAGCUCCCAAGGGGGCGGCUGA